AUGAAGAUUAAAUCUACAGUACUAGGCCUCAAAGAUUCUGCGACAAACGAAGAAGGUUCAGCAGGUGGCUCGCCGCAUCCACGCAGUCCCCCCCGCGCUGCCACACCACCCUCCCCUUCUCGCUCCUCCCCCCGCUCCCCUCGUCUCCAUCCAGCACUAUACCCCCAACCACAAGACGCGCAAGACUCGGAUCCUGACGUAGAUGAAAGCGACGACUUCGAUAAAGAUGAGAAACGUGACCCCAAUGCCAACCUAGGUAAAAGAAAGAAGAAAACUCGAACAGUCUUCUCGAGAUCACAAGUGUUCCAACUAGAAUCCACGUUCGAUAUGAAACGAUACCUUAGUAGUUCCGAGCGCGCCGGCCUCGCGGCGAGCUUACAUCUAACAGAGACACAAGUGAAAAUAUGGUUUCAAAACAGGCGUAAUAAGUGGAAACGGCAGUUGGCAGCUGAAUUAGAAGCAGCAAAUAUGGCGCACGCAGCUCAGAGACUCGUACGUGUACCUAUAUUGUACCACGAGUCGAGACCCACUACGAUGCCUCAUACUCCUUUGCCAAUUCAUCCCCAAUUUUCUAAUGAACCCGGUGUCUACUUCCCAUCUCAAGCACCGCAACAGCUACAACCGCUUCCUGCGUCACCGGUGACGUCACGAGCCCCACUUUCCAGUCUAGUGUAGUGUUCGCUUGAGACCGCGCGACGAACAGACAGUGCGGAUGGACAAUUUUGAAUAUCGAACGCAAGUGAAAUGACUAGUCACAUUCCAAAGUCAAAAUCAUACAGAGUUCGACCAUAUCCAAAUUUAGUGUUGCCAAAUUAAGAAAAAAUAGGCAAAAUUAUAUCAAAAUCAUGUCACUCUGUAAUUUUUGUAUAGGUAUAAUAAUAAGAAUUGAAUUAAUAAAGCUAUAAUCAUGUACUACGGUUAGUUGAAAGAAUUCACCCCAAAAGAUCGUUUAAAUUAUUACAUUAAAUUUAUAAAUCCUACAUAGAAAUGAUUGAAAAUCGAUUAUAUUUAAUUAAAACAAAACAUUUUUUUCUUUUAAUAAACCGUAGUGUGUAGAUUUACUUACAUAGACGAUAUGGAAAUAAUAAAAAAAGUAACGUACAAAAAAUCAGUGUCAUACCAAGUUGUAUAUAAAAUUGUAAAUAAGAUAAUAUGUUCUACGAUAUAAAUUUCUGUGUAUUUAUUUCAUAAGUUUAGAUAAUUUUGUAAAUAUUAAAAAGAACUGACUAUAAGCUUUUUUCUAUAAAUGAUACCGAUUUCUUAUCUAUUAAUGUUUAAGAUAAUUAUUUUAAUUAUACUGACAAACAAAAUUAUUUGUUUUUAGUUUUGUUCGUCAGUGUUUUUAUUAUUAAAAGUUCUCCUAACCAUGUUUUUUAUAAUUAUCUUUAUAUUUUGACACUUUUUCGAAAGAAAUAAAGCUAAUAUAUUUAUAUGACAAGCUGCAAAUCAAUACUUUGUAUAGUAUGAUUUGGUUGUUUCGUUAAAUGUUGAAGAACUAAUUAUGAUUUAAUAUACGACCAUAUCAAAAAUACAUAUUCUUUUAAAUUCAAUAAAUAAUUAUAUUAACAUAAUAUUGUCGGGGCAGUACGAUGACUUCAUCUCGGCGGCGCCGGCAGUAAAUUUGUACCAUAUUAUUGUAAAAAAAGUAACUGUGUUGCCAUGUUGCUUCAAUGUAAUUCUGUAAUAUUGCUAGCCUAAAUAAAUUAAUGAUGCUUAAUUCUAAAUAAUUAAUGUUAUUUAUUGAUAGUAGUGAAAUAAUAUUCGUCAUUAUGCAAUUAUAAUAUUAUAAUUAUGCUGAGAUAAGGCGAAUAAUAAAAUGAAAUCUGGAAUUAUUUGUGCGUAUUUAUUAACCUUUGUAAAGUCAACGGCAAGUAAGGUUAUAAAAAAAUCAGUAAUUUACUCGUAUACUAACAAAAUAGGCUAUAAAAUAAAGCGGUCGGAUUUGAUGGUUUUCAUUUACUCU